AUGCCUCUUGAACUGCAGACCGUCUUGGCAACAUGUCCCGUUCUAGUCACCGCGCCCACGACUACGUUUGAGACGCCACCCACCGACUUUGCAGCAGCUCUGGACAAACUCGUCAUGCUGCACAAUGUGGUGCCCGAGCGCCAAGAACGGCUUACCAGCACCAAUACCAAUAUCAAGCGGCGGGUGCUGGCGUUGAUUGAUGCUCUGGACGUCGUGGCAAGAGCGGGAACCACCGACACUGACACAAUGCAUCGCGUGGACACGUUACGGCAACGCGCACAAUGCUCGGAUGUGAACGCAUCGCCUUCGGCCAAGUCGUUACCCGAGGCGUGGGAGCAGCUGUGCCAGGCUCAUGAACACCUCAGCUCGCCCAAACAGAAUGGGCUGAAGGAGCUCGCAGACUGGAGAGCAGAACAUGAUUCUGAGCAUCAUGACUGGUACCUGGCGUUUGUGCUGCACGAGACACAAGCCCUGUUGCAGCAGCUGCACGAUAUGAUCGACUGGCAGGCCAAGACACUCUCCGUGGUCACCUUAUGCAAAGAAUAUGCAAGCCGCAUCACGCAGAGCGCCGUUGAACAAAUUCAAACGCUACAUGAGGAGGCGGCCGAGUUGCAGAAGAAAAUUCAGGCAACCACAGCAUUCUUGGCUUUUGUGUCAGAUGCCAUGCGAGCUGGUAUACAAGCCAGCCUUGAUGAAGAGAAGGAGCGACUUUCGACGUUGCAGCAGCAGCUAUCGAAGGCAACACAGGUGGACCAGGUGGCAGCACUGGCAGAGCUACUGCACCAACACUUUCCGGCCCUCUUGAUCUUUUUGCACCCUGAGCACAGUGCAUUGGGUGUACACCUCCGCAAAGUACUUGGCCCCGACCUUCCAGCCAGUCUGAUCUUGGAGGCCAUGACCGAAGUGGACCAAGUGUUGACGCUCUCCUGCCUGGGUCAGCUUGAGCUCCAUUACAACCAAAACCACAAGGUGUACAAAGCUCGUGCAGCGCUGCCAAAUCGGCCUGAGCAAGAACAGGAUUUGGCUGUCAAGGAGUAUGCAUUUGCCCAGCAACACAAGCAAAAUCAGUGUCGUACGUUUCUGCGCGAGCUUCGCGCCAUGCGCCAGCUUGAGCAUCCAAACAUCGUUCCAGUCCUCGGUGCGCUUGUGGGCGUGCAUGAUGGCCACCCAAGCGCCUAUCUGAUGUGCAAUUCGACGAGCGAGUUGUACAAGGAAACACGGGCCUUGCUUGCAACAGAUCCAAAGCAGCGGCCAAGUCUCUUCAGCGCCGGGCAAAGAGUGCAGCGACUUGUCACGACCCAGGUUGUUGGGCCAGCUAUUGACGUUUUGCGCGACGCACCCGAGCUCAUCCCAGAGGUGGUUGAGCUGCUACAGCAGCUGAGUGCUGACGGGCGAGGGCCAAGCAACAUUGCAGUGCGGCGGGUGGAGCGUGUGCAGAACCCCGUGUGUGGGAACGUAGAUGCGCUCUCGGGCUGUCCAGCUUUGCUUCGAAAUACACCCUGUCAAGAGCGCUUGUUGCUUCACGGCAUCCCCCCUGACACAAUGUUGCGCGACAAGAUUGUGCGCCUGGGCUUUGACUAUCGUUUCGCUGGUCGCAGCUCAGGCCACAAGUAUGGACUUGGUGUUUACUUGGCCGAUCAUCCCGGCAAGUGGCAACCACCUCCAGACUACGAGCAUCAGAAUUGGUACUUGGCGUUUGUGCACCACGAGUCGCAAGCUCUGCUGCAGCAGUUACAAGACAUGAUCGACUGGCAGGCCACGACGCUUUCCAUAUUGACCUCGUGCAUGGGUCAUGUGAACAGCUUGACUCAAGGCGUCGAUGAUGAAUCGGUUGCUGCCCACGAGGAACUGACCAAGGUGGAGACUGAGAUUCAAACUAUCAUCGCGGUAUUACAACAACUGCCUGAAGAUGUGCGCCCAAGCCUCGAACACAAGCUCCAAGAGAAGAAGGAACGGCUGAAUACCUUGCGACAACAAUUAUCAGAUCAGCCACACGUGGACCACGUCGCAGAGCUCGCCCAGCUGCUGCAUCAGCACUUUCCAGCGCUGCUGGUCUUUCUGCACCCUGAACAGAGCACGAUGGGAGCGCGCCUCCGCACUGUGCUUGGGCCCGACCUUCCAGCCAGCCUGAUCUUGGAGGCCAUGACCGAAGUAGACCAGGGUUUGACGCUCUCCAGCCUGGGCCAGCUCUCUCUCCAAUACAACCAAAAUCACAAGGUGUACAAAGCCCGCGCAGCACUGCCGAAUCUUCCUGAGCAAGAUUUGGCUGUGAAGGAGUAUGCACUUGCUGAGCAACACAAACAAGAUCAGUGUCGGACGUUUCUCCGCGAACUGCGCGCCAUGCGCCAGCUUGAGCACCCUCACAUCAUUCCGGUCCUUGGCGCGCUCGUGGACGUACACAGUGGCCACCCCAGCGCCUACUUGGUGCAGUCAUGGUGUACCCAAGGGGAUCUGCAGCAGUGGCUCGGUAGGGCGCGCCAUCUGGCCACCUCGACCGUGGUUGCGGGUUUGAUGAAUCAGCUGCGCACGGCCCUGGCGUUUAUGCAUAGCAAGGGCCUGGUGCAUCGAGAUGUCAAGCUGAGCAACGUCAUGCUGGAUGGCGAGGAGGACCAACCUGUUGUGCGGCUCGGUGAUUUCGACAUUGCCAAGGCUGCCGCUGAAGCCACCAUGCUACCAUGCACGGCCACCGCAUCGUCGGGCACGGCAGGCUAUGUAGCACCGGAGGUGCUAUUUGGAAUGGGUCGUGUGGGCGCACGCCCGGCACAGGAUGCCUUUUCCUUUGGCUGCGUUCUCUACAACACCUACAUGUUCCCACAAACGGUGCCACCUGCUCACCCACGAGUUGAUGAGGUUGUGGAUCGAUGCAGCUGGAGCAUACGAGCAGGAGAGUCUGACUGCGACUUUCCGCACUUGGCGACUGAGCACAGACGAAAACAGUCCAACACCGGCUUGGGCGCCUGCCGCACGUCGACGAAAUGCACACUCACGGUGACUGAGUGGUCGCUUGAGCUCCAUUACAACCAAAACCACAAGGUGUACAAAGCUCGUGCAGCGCUGCCAAAUCGGCCUGAGCAAGAACAGGAUUUGGCUGUCAAGGAGUAUGCAUUUGCCCAGCAACACAAGCAAAAUCAGUGUCGUACGUUUCUGCGCGAGCUUCGCGCCAUGCGCCAGCUUGAGCAUCCAAACAUCGUUCCAGUCCUCGGUGCGCUUGUGGGCGUGCAUGAUGGCCACCCAAGCGCCUAUCUGGUGCAGCCGUGGUGUACACAGGGGGAUCUGCAGCAGUGGCUCGGCAAGGCGCGGCAUCUGGCCACCUCGACCGUCGUUGCGAGUUUGAUGACGCAGCUGCGCAUGGCCCUGGCGUUUAUGCAUAGCAAGGGCCUGGUGCAUCGGGAUGUCAAGCUGAGCAAUGUGAUGCUGGACGGUGACGAGGACCAACCUGUUGUGCGGCUCGGCGAUUUCGACAUUACCAAGGCGGCUGCCGAAGCCACUAUGCUACCAUGCACAGCCACUGAGUCGUUGGGCACGACUGGCUAUGUAGCACCGGAGGUGCUUUUCGGCCAGGGUCGAGUGGGGGCGCGUUCGGCACAGGAUGUCUUUUCCUUUGGCUGUGUGCUAUACAACACCUACAUGUUUCCACAGACGGUGCCGCCUGCUCGUUUACCCACGGACCAGCUUGCCGACAAAUGCAGAUGGGAUGCAGGGGCAGGAGGUGCAGAAUGCAGUUUUCCGCACUUGGCGGCUGAGAUGUGCAAUUCGACGAGCGAGUUGUACAAGGAAACACGGGCCUUGCUUGCAACAGAUCCAAAGCAGCGGCCAAGUCUCUUCAGCGCCGGGCAAAGAGUGCAGCGACUUGUCACGACCCAGGUUGUUGGGCCAGCUAUUGACGUUUUGCGCGACGCACCCGAGCUCAUCCCAGAG